CGCGGGAGUGGGGUUUGGAGCGAAGCGGGGACGGUGCGGAGCGGUCCCGUCCGGUGCGGUCCCUGACACGCACAGGGGGAGCUCCCCGUGCCCAGCCAAGCCCACCCGGCGUCCCCCAUGCGCGGUGCCCGGUCCAGCGCUGCCGCGGAGGAGCCCUAGGCAAAGCCGAGCCCCCGCAGUCUGCCCGGGAGGCUGCUGGGGGGGGGGUGGCGGGCCAUGGGGGUGGCAGGGACCGAGCUGCCCGGCGGCAAUGUUAGCGCCAACCAGAGCGCCACCGACCCCACUCUGUCGCGGGAUGUGUGGAUGGUGGGCAUGGGGAUCCUCAUGUCGGUGAUCGUGCUGGCCAUCGUCUUCGGCAACGUGCUGGUGAUCACCGCCAUCGCCCGGUUUCAGCGCCUGCAGACUGUCACCAACUAUUUCAUCACCUCGCUGGCCUGUGCUGACCUGGUGAUGGGGCUGGCCGUGGUGCCCUUCGGCGCCUGCCACAUCAUCAUGGAAAUGUGGAAGUUUGGGAACUUCUGGUGUGAGUUCUGGACCUCCCUGGAUGUGCUUUGCGUCACAGCCAGCAUUGAGACCCUCUGCGUCAUUGCCGUGGACCGGUACUUCGCCAUCACCUCCCCUUUCAAGUACCAGAGCCUGCUGACCAAGAGCAAGGCACGUGUGGUCAUCCUUGUGGUGUGGGUAGUCUCAGCCCUCACCUCCUUCUUGCCCAUCCAUAUGCACUGGUACCGGGCAGACCGUGAUGAGGCCAUUCUGUGCUAUGAGAAGGACACAUGUUGUGACUUCUUCACCAACCAAGCCUAUGCCAUUGCUUCCUCCAUCAUCUCCUUCUACCUGCCCCUCGUGGUCAUGGUAUUUGUGUAUGCCAGGGUCUUCCAGGUGGCCAAGAAGCAGUUGCAGAAGAUAGAUAGGAGUGAGGGGAGGUUUCACAUCCAGAACAAGGAGCAGGAGCAGAAAGGGGGAGCUGGGCACCGCCGUUCCUCCAAGUUCUUCUUGAAGGAGCACAAGGCCCUCAAGACUCUGGGCAUCAUCAUGGGCACCUUCACCCUGUGUUGGCUGCCCUUCUUCAUCGUUAACAUUGUGCACGUCAUCCAGGACGACAUCAUACCUAAGUACGUGUACAUCCUCUUGAACUGGCUGGGCUAUGUCAACUCUGCCUUCAACCCUUUGAUCUACUGCCGGAGCCCGGACUUCAGGUACGCCUUCCAGGAGCUCCUCUGCCUCCGCAGGUCUGCCCUGAAGAUGUAUGCCAACGGCUACUCCAACAGCAACGGCAGGAGUGACUACAACGAGGAGGACAACGGCUACCCCCUGGCAUCGGAUAAAACCCGCGAGUUGCUCUGCGAAGAGGGCUCCUUCCCUCACCCCGAGGAUUUUUUGCACUGCAAAGAGAUCCCUGGGUGUCCAGGAAUGGUUGAGAGCUGAAUGGGCUGAUCUCUCUUCCUCACCAUCCUGAGCUCAUGAGGGCUCUGAAGAGAUUGCAUGGGAGCAUGGUGUUGCUUCUCUGAGCCUGGGGAUGCUGUGGGAAGUGAUUGCCUUGGCAAAUGUCUUCAUCCCAACCCAUAGCCCAUCAUGCAUCGCCUGAAGGAGAAGCUGAUGAAGGAUAACCAGAGGACCAGGAAAGGCUCUACUAGCACUUCAAGCAUGGGAGGACACAGAUGGAGAACCAGCACUAAGAGAGGCACUUGGCAGGAGUCAAUGCAUAUGAAGAAGCUACAGGACCCCUGUGAACUGAAGGAGGUGAAUGUCCAAAUCACCACAAAAGAUGCUGAGGGGUUUCCCUGGCACAGCAUCCCUGGAAAGCACUUUCAAAAGGGAAGGGGUUGUCAGUAUCAUGUGGCUGUCUCCAGCAGCUGGAUUGGAAGAAGCACAGCAAGGCCACUGCCUUACAGUCAGGUCAGGAGACCAGCAGGACAUCUCCACAGCUGCCUGUCCACAUGUCAGCUGGGGCUCCAGUCAAAACUGGAAUCUGACCAAGGCUGAGAGAGAAGGAGCAUGGAAGACUGCUUUGGUCUAUUCUGUGCUUGUUUCUCUUUCUGGUGUCUUCUCUGUCUACCUCUUUUUCUCUCUAGGUCUCCAUGUACUGCAUGUGGAGCACAGACCCUCACAAACAAGGAGAAGUAUCAGUACAGGGCAGAUCCUUCCCUGUGUGGGUUUGUGCUGCCCAGUGCAGUGUCGUGACUGGACAGGGUUGACUUUGCACAGUGCAGGUGUAACGUGGCCUUCAUUUGCUCCUUUGCCAACAAAUCUGGAGCACCUGGACUUCAGAGGGGAGAAAGGCUUGAGCCUGGCAAUUCUCUUUCUUGCAAGCAGUCACGUGCUAGUGCAACGAGCCACACCUGGGAGCUGAGUUUUAACACCUGAGCCCCAAAACUUUGAAGAGCAUCUGUUCCUCUCCCGUAGCUGUGGACAUGAGCAUAAUGGCAGGCUGUGCACUCAGCUCCUGCAGCUUGGAUUUUGAAAAUCUCAUUCAGCAGAGAAAGAGACAGAGAUGGAGGGAGUGAUGGAGGCUCAGACAAGAAAUUGCAGGAAAAACUGAUUCAAAACCAGAGGAAAAUGUGCACCUUUUACUUGCAGGUGAUGUCCUAGCUGCAGACUGUCCUGCCCAGCUGGGUGGCUUCAGGUCUCUGUUCACCAAGCUGCUCCUGGAGGCCUGGGCAAAAUGUGCCGGUACAGAACUGUGCCGGGAGCCCCAUCUCAGACCUUCUCUCUUGGGCUUCCAGCUGCAAAAUCCUUCCCUCAUGUGCAAUCGUAUUUAUUUAUUUAUUUUCUUGCUGCUUGAUGCAAAGCUGCUAACAGCACACUCCCCAUAAACCCCCACAGCCAAAAGAGGAGGGAGGGGGUGCAUGCUGUGUGCAC